UUCGGUUCAGCUGAAACUGUUUCCUUGCCCGAUUUUGCAUCGAAAUUGUUUUAGUAGUAGCGACGAAUCAGUACUCAACUUAACAAAAAAAAUCGUGAAAUUAAUCAAAGAAAUAGCUACCUCCGUAUAUGAUCGGUGAUGGCAGCAGAUCGAAUCUGCGUGAAAUAAUUAAUUAACCAAUCUUGCCAUAAUUAAAGAAUAUGGUACAACGCUCUAGACAAGACAGUGACAGGGCAUCUCCGCUUUGAGGCUCUGACCAAAUGCUCCAUGCAAAUAUUUAGUGUCCACAGCCACAAGGAUGAAAGAUAUCUUUAUAGAGUGCGAUGGAAGAUGUGCUUUAUGAAUCGUCACAAAGUAAAAGGGCGUCUCUUUUAUGCCAGGGGAUGAUAUGCGUGCAUCUUUUUUUAGAUGAUAUGGAUCUUUGUCACAAGCUUAGUACGCACUAUCUCUCCAUACUAAGCUUAGUCUAGUGUCCUUUCCAUGAAAGAAGAUACUCCUUCCGUCCACAAAUAUAUGCAUUCAAUGAUUUUUGAAGGAUUAUAUAUUAGAAAAGACACAGUAGACAAUGGGUUUACAUGGCAGAUUACAAGACAAUUAGCAUUAAAUAAUGGGAGGUAACCAAAAGUGUCUAGAAAUAAUAAGGCCCGGUUUGGCAUAGUUUCAUGGGCAACUUCAUAGGCAGCUUUACAUGAAGCUAUGCCAAACGGCUUUUUUUUUUGAACUAGCUUCAAGUUUGAAGCAAUCUAUGAAGCCGUCCAUGUGCUUCCACUAGCGGGGUGAAGUUACAAAAAUAUGGCUUCACUCAGCUUCAUAGGUAGAAGGUUUUCGCCAAACAUUUUUCAAAACAGCCUCAGCUUCACCAACUAUUUCAAGAGAAGUUGCAGCUAUGCCAAACGGGGUCCAAUAAUGUCAGGAGAUGCGUGUCUAUGGUGGGGAACCAUAAAGAAGGGAUAUAGAAGGACAAAGCAGUUUCCAUCAGCGUCAAUGCGUGGAGUGAUGCUGGACAUGCUGUGAAUCAUCUGUAUGAUAUACUCUAUAUGAUGGGCCGUGAUGACAUUCUGGUUGGUGUUGGUGGGGAUGGUGGAAUUUCAGACUCUGGCACCAUAUAUUCAAAUGUUGGUGGUUAUUUGCCAAUGAUUGAUCAGGGCAUGACAACAGUCGGAGGCUGCCGGUAUAGGCAAGCAAUUCCACUAGAAGGUGGUGGACGGUUAGAUAAGGACACAAACUUUGGAAUUAGAAGGGGUUUCCUUCCACAGGGUGAUAGAAGGUAUACACCAGUUCAACAACCUACAACACAACAAGUAAUGGUAGACACAAUAUCUGCUGGCCCUACAACUGUCAUCCUCAUAGGAUCACAUACAAACUUUGCCAUUUUUCUCAUGACUCAUCCACACCUGAAAAGAAACGUGGAGCACAUAUACAUUAUGGGUGGUGGGGUGAGAUCAAAGAAUCCUACAGGUUGCUGUCCAAAAAAUAUUACCACCUCUUGCACACCACAGCAAUGUGGUGACCAUGGUAACUUGUUUACUAGUUACUCUACCAACCCAAAUGCAGAAUUCAACAUAUUUGAAGAUCCUUUCUCUUCAUAUCAGGUGUUUCAUUCUGGCAUUCCAAUCACACUUGUUCCUCUUGACGCAACUAAUACAAUUCCAAUCAACCAAGAAUUCUUCUAUGAAUUCCAACAACAUCAGAGUACUUAUGAGGCACAAUACUGUUUCAAAGCUUUAAAGAUGGCACGAGACACAUGGUUCAAUGAUCAAUUCUAUAUAAGCUAUUUUAUGUGGGACUCCUUUACUUCUGGUGUUGCCAUCUCCAGCAUGCGCAAUGAGAAGAACGGUGAAUUUGGAAAUGAUUUUGCUGAGCUUGAAUAUAUGAACAUUACAGUUAUAACUUCAAACAAACCAUAUGGUGUGAAUGAUGGCUCAAACCCAUUAUUUGAUGGCCGCACCACUCCCAAGUUUGGUCUUCAAAAAGGUGGAGUUCAUAGCGGUCAUGUUCAAAAUGGAAUUACAGAUAGCUUUUGUCGCAUCGAGGGAAGUAACAAAGGAAGAUGUGAGGAUGGAUACACUAAGGAAGUCUCCAGUCCAGAAGCAGCCCACAUUCGUGUUGCUACGAAGGCUAAACAGAACAUGGAUAAGUAUAGCCCUCUGGACAGGGAGUUUUUCAAAAGUUUCCUAGAGGCACUAAAUCGUCGUGAGAACUCUGGCCAUUUCAACCUUAAGGCACAAUUUCCAUUUAAUGGAGAGGUCCUUUACAAGCCAGACUUCAAAAACAAAAAAAUAGGACGACCUAUUAUUAUUGACAUGGACAUGAGUCCUGGAGAUUUUGUCUCCCUUAUAUACCUCUUGAAGGCACCUAUUGAAGUGAUAAAUUUAAAGGGGAUUUUGGUGAGCGGCAAUGGCUGGGCUCAUGUUGCAAGCAUUGAUAUCGUUUAUGACAUGUUACAUAUGAUGGGUCGCGAUGACAUUCCUGUUGGUCGUGGUAAUACCACUGCAUUAGGCACUCCAACUCUUGGUUGUAACUAUGCCAGUAUUAUUCCCCAAGGCUGUGGUGGAUUUAUUGACUCGGACACUCUUUAUGGACUAGCUCGAUCAUUGCCAAGAAGCCCUAGAAGGUAUACCGCUGAAAAUUCAGUAGAACAUGGUGCUCCUAGAAACACUGACCAUCCAGAACUUCGCCAGCCGUUAGCUUUUGAAGUUUGGCAGUCUAUCAAAGAGCAGCUUGAUCCAAGUGAGAAGAUCACAAUACUUAGCAAUGGACCUCUUACAAAUUUGGCCAAUAUCGUGCUCUCUGACAGGAAUGCAAGUUCUAUAAUAGAGGAGAUUUAUUUGGUUGGUGGUCAUAUCAGAGAUGAAAAUGAUUCGAAGGGAAAUGUGUUUACUGUUCCAUCAAACAGAUAUGCAGAGUUUAAUAUGUUACUUGAUCCCCUAGCUGCAAAAAUAGUCCUGGAAUCAUCUCUUGAUAUUACACUGAUUCCUCUUAUCUCUCAAAGAAAAGCUGCUUCCUUUCAGUUUAUCCUUCAUGCCCUAAAGCAUGUUGAUCACACUCCAGAGUCAGGUUUUGUGCGUCGCUUGAUGCUCUUGCUAUAUGACCUUCAGCAGAAGCAUCGGCUUUACAACCAUAUGGAUAUGUUUUUGGGAGAAGUUCUUGGUGCUGUUUACCUCGUUGAAGGAUUGAAUAUAAAACCAUCACUGCAACUGAAGUCAAUAAGCAUUGUUGCCAACAGCACAAUAAGCACUGACGGGCAAAUUGUGAUCAACAAGGAGAGUGCAAAUUCGGUAAAGGUACUAGGCGAUUUCAGUAGUGAAGAAUACUACAAACGAGUCGCCAAUUCUUUAGGCAACAUGAAGCAAACAGCCGUCAUUACUAGUUUUGAAGAACAGACCAUAAUCUGGAGCAGGCCACCUGUGAAAUUGGAGGGAUGAACAUAAACGAUGAAUUUUAUGUAGUAAUGCUGCUUAAGCAGAAGCACAACCGUCCUGUUUUCUUUAGGGAGCAGCUCUCUAGUCUAUCAAAAGGCAGAAUGCGUUCCUCUUA